AUGGAUGCAUAUGGUAAUCCGAUACCUGGACCAUCAAAAGAAUUUGAUAAUAUAGAAGCUACUGAAUCAGAUGGUGCUUAUGAAUUUGAUUGGUUGGAAAAAGAGUUCAAAGAUGAUGAUGCCAAAGAAGAUAUUAAAGUUCCAACAAGUAUAGUACACAGUUUGAAUAAAAAUAACAGUUAUAAAUUGGAUCAAAUUGAAACAAAUCCUAAUAUUCAAGAUUUUUUUGAAGAAAUUAAAUGCAUAGAUUUUAGUCAAAAUAUUGUACAGAGUAAUUAUAUAGAAUUAUUAGAACAAUGUAACAAAUUUAUUGAUAUUUUAGGCCGUAAUAUAGUUUCCUUAGAAGAAAUGACAAUUGAAAUUAACAGAAAUAUUGAAGUUUCAAAUAGAAAUGCAGAAAAGGCUUUUAGUUGUAUUAAGUUUGAAAAAAAGGCCAUGUCUAAAAUUACAAUGAAACCUUUGAAAAUAAAAGCACAUUUGGCAAAUUUUUUUAAAAUUGGCUUAUCAAACUGCCCACGAAGUCCUCAUCUUAGUGAGUUAUAUGAAACCGGAAGAUUAAUAUUGUCUUGCAAUGGUCGUUUUAUACUUGAAGAAUGUGUUGAAAAAAAUAUAUGGAACCAAGAGUUUAAAAAUAAAUUAGAAAAAGCAAUUCACGCAGAAGUAUUAAAUAAAAUAAAAAUUCCUAUGCUUGAACAGCACUUGCGUCUUGGUGUAGAUCGAAAUAAACAAAGUGAUCCAGAAAUAAAACAUAAAAUUGAAAUUGAAAUGAUGGAACUCGAAAAAGAAUUGGAAACUAUAUCAAAAACACCAUUUCAACAGUUAGUUUUUCAGUUUAUGGAUUCGGACUCAAAGUACGAUUGGUUACACAUUGCAAAAGAAAUUGAUAAAUCUGAUUUACAAUGUCAAAGGUUUUGGAAUUUGAUGUUAAAACCCCAUGUAUCAAGAACUAAAUGGACUAAAAAUGAUGAUGACCUUUUAAUUCGAAUUGUUGCAAGAAAUAAUGAAAAAAAUUGGCAAAAAAUAGCUGAUGAAUUGGGUACUAACCGCAAUGAGUUACAAUGUUUUGUUCAUUAUCAAAAGUUAAAGAAAAUUGUAUACAAAAAAGGUAAAUGGUCAAAACAAGAAGAUCAGAAGCUUAAGGAGGUAAUUAAAGAAAACUCCAUAGAUAAUAUAAUCAAUUGGCAAAGAGUGUAUUUUGCAAUGCACGACAAUUUGAGAAAUUUCGAUCAAAUUUAUAGCAGAUGGAUGAAUUGUUUAAGACCAGGCAUUAAGAAAGGGUUUUUGACUGAAAGAGAAAAAUUUAUUAUUAAAGAAGCUAAAAUCAAAAAUUUACCUCCAUCUAUAGUAUCAAUGAAUCUGACUAAUCGAACAUCUGCUCAAGUUCGUAAUGCUUAUCGUAGAAUUAUGUUAUAUGAUGAAGAUAUUUAUAGAGGUGGUUGGACCGCUGACGAAGAUAAUAUGUUAUUAGAUGCUGUUAAUUCAAAUGCAUCUAAUGAAUUUUCUUGGGCACAAGUAUCUCAAAAGGUACCUGGACGUAAUAGAGAACAAUGCCGUCAUAGGUUCAAAUUAAUUGAUAAUAAAAUAAAACAUAAUCCAAAAUUGACUGUUGACGACUUUCCACGCCCAUGCCGACCUUUCAAGCCUAAAGAAUUAACCUCUCUUCCAGGAGAAGAAUUAAAUGAAGGAGACUUACAUGAAAAAUUUAAACACAAUCGUCAAUUGCUUAAAACAUGUAAUGUACCAAUAGAAACAUUUGCUGAUCGGAAGUUGAAGAAAUCAUAUUUAGAAAAUAAAUUUGUUAUUGCCAAUUGCAAUUUGUCAAGUAAAUGUGAUCUCUACAGUCAUGUACUUGAUUACUUGGGAGCUAAGUUGAUUGUACCUGAAACUUUUGCCCAUAAAGAUGAUUUGAUUGAUGAUGGACUUAUGAGUAUGAUGACUUAUAUAUCAGAGAGUUCCAUUGAAGUAAUGACAUUAGAUCCCAGUAAUGUUGAACACGAUUUGUGUGGCCCACUAUUGACUCACGAUGGAGUUCACAAUGUUUUAAGAACAAGUGAUAUUAUUAAUUCCGAUCUAAGUGAAAUUGAAGGUUUGAUAGACAUUAGAUUAAGAAAUAUUCAAAAGGAACAACCAAUAGAAGAUAUCAAUACUAAGAUUUCAAUUAAAAAUAAAAAAGAUCCACUACUACCAUUAAACUUUAUUGGUUCUGUGCCGCCAAAUCACGAGACCUUUAAAAUGCUGUAUACAUAUACAAAUUCUCUAAAUUCAUGUAUGAAAAUCGAUCACUUUAAAAAUUCCCAUAUGCAUUUUGAUUGGGAUGAUGAAGAAUCUAAGAAAUUACAUAAACGCCUUGUCGCUAUUUUAAGGUUGCCAGCAUUAUUUUCUAGUUUGGUACCUCACAAUACAGCAAACAUAAAUAUGAUUGUAAAUACUGAAGAGGUUAAUAUGGUACCAUCUUCAAAUUAUUCUAGAAUUCAUUAUACUUGCUCUAAAAAUAAAAAAUUUAAUUUCAAUUUAAAAAAAGUCUUAUGA